UCAUUUGGGGGUUAUCUUCGCAAAUUGCAAGACUUUGCAAACAGUCGUGAAAGAAAUGGAAGGGCUUUCGCUUGGAGCCAAUUCGAGGUUUAGGGUUCUUGUUCCCGGGAUUGCCUCAUCGAAAUGUGGAGAAAUUCGCCCCUCCAGGGACUUGGAUCCACGUAUUUUGGGGCGGUCGCACAAUCUGGCUCCUCUUUGCUGCACGAGAGGCCAAGAGGUGACUAAUGAUGAAUCUUCUAGAGGAGCUUAUGCUAGUAAUUAUCUUGCUGACUCUGUGGAAGCCAUGGAAUGGGAGAGUGGAACGUCGCUCGAAGAUAUUGCGGCAAAGCAGGGCAUCAGAAUCAGAAGACGCCCUCCGAUCAACUCGGGGAGUGAGGAAAGUGCUCCACGCAAUAUUCUAGAGAAGAUCAUAUGGACCAAGGAUGUGGAAGUUUCACAGUUGAAAGAAGAAAAACCCCUUUCUCUGCUUAAUGAAGCUCUUGAGGAUGCUCCUCCGGCUAGAGAUUUUGUAGGGGCUCUUAAGGCAUCUUAUCAGCGUACUAAUAUGCCUGCUCUGAUAGCGGAGGUGAAAAAGGCUUCUCCUAGCAGAGGAGUGCUACGGCAGGAUUUUGAUCCAGUCCAAAUUGCUAAGGCGUAUGAGAGAAAUGGAGCAGCAUGCUUGAGCAUUUUGACUGAUGAGAAGUACUUUCAGGGAAGCUUUGAAAAUCUGCAGCUUGUUCGUGAAGCUGGAGUUAAGUGCCCACUUCUUUGCAAAGAGUUUAUAAUCGAUCCUUGGCAAAUUUACUAUGCUCGACUGAAAGGUGCUGAUGCAGUUCUCUUAAUUGCUGGUGUAUUGACUGAUCUUGAUAUCAAACUCAUGAUUAUGGUCUGUAAAAAACUUGGUAUGGUGGCCUUGGUCGAGGUGCAUGAUGAAGUGGAAAUGGAUCGCGUCUUGCGUAUUGAUGGAGUUCAGCUCAUUGGUAUCAAUAACCGUAAUCUUGAAACAUUCGAAGUUGAUAUCUCAAAUACAAAGAAACUUUUGGAGGGAGACCGUGGCAAAACUAUCCAUGCGAAGGGCAUAAUUGUGGUGGGUGAAUCUGGAUUAUUCACUCCUGAAAACAUUUCCUAUGUUCAAGAUGCAGGAGUUAGAGCUGUUUUGGUUGGGGAGUCUCUGAUCAAACAGACUGAUCCUGGUAAAGCAAUUACUGGCCUUUUUGGUAAAGACAUCUCUCUUUGAGUUAUUUUGUGUGCCCUCUGACAUUAACUUAUUUCUGCUUCACCUCAAUUAUGUACUCCUGUACUUGCUAUGUAUUGUAAUUUUGAUGUGUUUGAAAUCAGGGAAAAUAAAACAAAGAAGUAUAUAUAUAUAUAUAU